AUGUCUAUGCAGCAAUCCUACGCGAAUAUUUUAACUGCCGUUGGCGAGGACUUAGACCGUCCUGGUCUGAAAGAUACGCCUAUGCGUGCGGCUAAAGCUUUUUCGUACUUGACGUCUGGCUAUAGCAAAACGCUGGAAGAAGUGACCAAUAAUGCGGUCUUCCCUUCUGAUAAUGAUGAAAUGGUCUUGAUUCAAGAACAGUUGACCAAGCAAAUUGCAGAUGCAGUGGCUGAAGUUACUCAAGCACGUGGUGUUGCGGUGGUGAUUGAUUCAGCUCACAUGUGUAUGAUGAUGCGUGGUGUCAGCAAACAAGAAUCGACCACACGUACCGUGUCAUUUGUCGGUGAUUUUAAAACAGAUAAAGAAGCACGUCGUCAUGGUUUAACGCACAGUGAAACCACUAUCGAUUAUCCUCGUGCAGAGCGAUUGGUUAAAGGAAAUCCCAAACGACUCACGCAAACGUUAACUGCCACUAACGCCUUUGCCGACAAUCUAAAUGCCAACGAAUUAAAAGAUGUGCAAAGGGUCAUUAAAUUAUUUAAAAAUAAAAAUAUCACCGCGAUUUCAAACAACAUUACCUAUCCCUUACAUCGUGAAGAACCCAUCCCAAGUAUUGCCAAUGCAACCCAGAUGAAACAACGCUUUAACCAAGUGUUUGAUACUCAACUUAUUCAAGAGAUCGCCAACUCAAAACCAUCACAAUGGGAAAGUAUGGGUUGGCGUGUAGUGAUGCUGAACAAAAAUAUAAAGCGCAAUUGA